CGCACAUUGCAAAAUUCACAACCUUAGACUGCGCACUAAUCUUCAUGGCUACAAUACUGCGCCGCCUCCCAACACGCGCCCCUCUUUACAACAAUGGCUUCCUUCGCAGCGCACAUGCUACGAUGACAUCUCGCGCGUUAGCAGCAUUUUCGUCGCAUUCGGCUCGUUGCAACAAGGAGACGGCCUCUAACGACACCCACAGUAAGGAGGAAGAAUCGAGGCACUGGAAGUAUGAUUUCAGCUUCAAAACCCAGAUGAGUAAGACGGCGUUCAUUGCUGGAUUGGCCCUCGGGGGAUCGCUGGGGGGCUGGUCUUGGUAUCGAGAUCUUCGGGGUUGGUGGACAGGUGUUCCUAACGAAGGCGAGAUUUAGGGAUUAGGGGGUCCGUCCAUCACUAUAUCUUACUAUCCUAUGAAAAAGGCUUAAAGUGGGAUCAAGUUGUUGGUCAACGCGUUUGUUCCCGGGUUAACUACAAUCCAUUCAUCUCGAGUCGGACAAGGGUCAAAUAACUUCUCGCUUUGAGCUGCAAGUCAAAAAUGGUUUUUACAUGGCUUUUUCUAUCAUGUGAUCAUAUCUGCGCAGCGGCACCUUAUGCGGUACGGAAUACGUGCACCUCACCCCAUACGCGCCGUGUGAGUACGAAAUGCCACCAAGAAUACAGGCUUAG